GUGAGAAUAGCUUGUCGCGGAGUCAGAACGUCUGGGACAAAUUCUUCAACAUGAGUCACACAGCUAGAGAAGACCAUGAUCCACCUUCAACAUACUUUAUUUGCAAGAGUCCAGUCUUGGAAAGAAGACUGAUGGCUGUUAAAUAUUCGGAAACCUUCAAGAUCUCAUCUCGUGCUGAGGCAUCUGUGGUUUUGAAUCUUACUCAACAACUAAGUGAUAAUUUGGAGCAAUAUUUCCUUAAUUGCAAAGGAUUUGAAGUUCUGGAAUCUGGAGUGGCAACCAAUACAAAUGAAAUUUAUGAGACUUCAACACAGAAUUUCACCUGUAGUGAUUAUGGAAACAGAAAAUUGGGUUCACAAAACAGAAGACUGCAAAAAAGUGAAGACCCCGAUGACACUUUUUUGUCCGUUACUAACCUGUACGAUCAACAUCCCCAAACGGUAGAGGGGUUUGCUUCACAAUCCUUUUCUACUACAAGUCCUUUUUACAGUAGUGUAACUGAAUCAAAUGUUUUUGUUACACAUGCUCAUGUCUAUGAACCUUUUCAGGUGGAACAGAAUUCAGGGCACAGUUCCUUUGUAUCUCAGAUUAGCUUGAAUAAUGGCAAAGAUGUCACAGCUAACUCUGAAUCCAAGCCACCUGUAAUAUCCAGUGACCUUGAAAUAAAGACACAAUGUGAUUUAGGUAUGGAAAACAAUCAAUCAGAUUUUGAUGCCUCACCUUUGCACAGCAGCAGCUUACAGGAAACACCAUCUUCCAGUCAAGGGCAAAGAAAAACAUCCAAAACCCUGAGCCCAGAUAUUCUUCAGCUUCUUAAAGGAAAAGAUGCAAACACUGUCACUAAUAUUUUGAAGACUCUAUCUCCAUUUUAUCCUGCUCUUCAAGAUGUGAAUCUUGAAAUGCUUUCUCAAGUGCUUGUGAACACUGGGGCACUUGACUGAUGCCCUGCAUCUUUAGUUUGGACAAAAUCUGUGUGGGGUGGACACAGCCAUCAAGUUCCUAAUGCUCAAAUUACUACUGUAAUUCUAAACCCAUUUAAAUUGUUUCUGUAAUGUAAUAUCUAGUUUUAAAUAAAAUACAAUGGACAAUUAUAUUUACAUUUCCAUUUGCCACUAAUAAAUUUCUCAAACCGCU